CGGCGGACCGACAGUGUGGCGUGUGGUCCGUUUGAGGAAAGUCUGUUGGUUAGUGUUGCACAAGUUUAUUACCCCCGCGGGGGAAAUUUGUAGUUUGUGAGUUGAACAGAUUCGCACUUGUCCGUGACCCACAGUCAGCAGCAUCACACAGCGAGUGGCCGUGAUUCUGUGGACCGCAGUUACACGUAUUUGAAAAGGAAGAAGUAAAAACAUGUCCGAUAUUGUAAGCAGCAAUGCGGCAGCUCUCGUGGAUAACAAGGAAGAAACAAGCCGAACAUCUGCUCCUAAGGCAGUGGAGGAAUCUUCCGGACUCCCUCUUAUGCAGUGCGGCUCCCUGCAGAUCGGUGAGGACUGUCGGCGUCACGUGACUAUCAUGGAGUCCCUCAGCAACGUCAAGAACAGCAGCAUUGAGGACAGUAGCACCGGGAGUGGGGGUGGCGGUGGCGGUCAGCAGAGACUCGCCGUGUUGAGUUACGAACAAGUGCGACGCCUCAAUGACGUCAUGGACGAGGUAGUGAGCAUCCACGGGCGGGGAAACUUCCCCACUCUGGAGGUGCGUCUGCGCGACUUGGUGACCGUGGUUCGCGCCAAGUUGGAGGCGGACACAGCGUCUGGCGGCGCCGGUAUGCGCGUGCGUGACAUCCGGCUGAAUGGCGGCGCCGCGUCGCAUGUCCUGGCUACCGAGUCGCAGCCGUACAACGACCUGGACCUCAUUUUCGGAGUGGAACUGUCAGGGGGUAGGAACUUCGAUCGGGUGAAGAGCGCCGUACUGGGCUCGCUGUUCGACCUGUUACCGGAAGGCGUGAGUCGGAAGAGGAUAACCACCUGUAGCCUCAAGGAGGCUUACGUUAGUAAGAUGGUGAAAGUGAACCAGGAUGGGGACCGCUGGUCGCUCAUAUCGCUUGGCAAUUCGCGCGGACACAAGAACGUCGAGUUGAAGUUCGUGGACUCUAUGAGGCGCCAGUUCGAGUUUUCCGUGGACUCUUUCCAGAUAGUCCUGGAUUCGUUGCUCCUCUUCUACGAGUGCAGCGAGCUGCCGAUAGGCGAGAACUUCUAUCCGACUGUGGUUGGUGAGUCUGUGUACGGCGACUUCCAAGAGGCGCUGUACCACCUGCACAAGAAGUUGAUCGCGACACGUCACCCCGAGGAGAUCCGUGGGGGAGGCCUCCUCAAGUAUUGCAACCUACUGGUGAAAGCGUACCGCCCCGCGCGGCCAGACUACAUCAAGACUCUGGAGCGAUACAUGUGCUCUCGCUUCUUUAUCGACUUCUCGGACAUCGGGCAGCAGAGGGCGAAGCUGGAGAACUACCUGUGGAACCACUUCGUGGGGCCUGACGAGGAGAGCCUCAAAUAUCGGUACCUCAUGCUGCUGCACAAUGUGGUGGAGGAGUCGACGGUGUGCCUCAUGGGGCACGAGCGUCGCCAGACGCUGACGCUGAUCGAGGAGCUGGCGUACCUGGUGCUGUGUCAGGAGCAGCAGCGUCUGCUGUCCCAACACCACCCGCCCACCGCACUGCUGUUCGCGAACGGCUACUACUACGCGCCCUUGCAGCAGCCCUGCUACCACUGCACCUGCAGCUGGAUGGCGUGCUCCUCGUGAUGGCGCCUGCUGGCCCCAAGACUGUGUUCCCGUCCGACUGUGAAGUGAAGUGGUGGAGGCUAUUGACAAGAGCACUCUGGUGGCUCAGUAACUCACUCAAACCAAAAUAUCUCUUAAGCAUUCCACGAUCACAUGAAUUGGUUGAACAGGUUGUGUCAGUUGAAGCAAGAAUUGCCAAUAAUUAACCUGCAGCCUUAAUUUCGCCUACUAUAAUGUUUCUGAGAGUAAAAGGGCAGGUUUAAGUGUGGGGGGGGGGGACUCGUGGCCACAAACAGACAUUUGACAGGAGAAAACGGUCAAAGUUUAUGUAACUCUGCAUCUUUGAUUUGCAUGGCUGCCCAAACGACUGUAGUGACCUCCUUGUUGAGCGGAGAGCGAAAGUGUUGGAUGCUGAAGGGAGGGCAGAUACUGGUUCUGCGAGUUGGCAGUGUUUGCUAUAUUUAUGUUCCAUGUCUACAUAUGUUCUGAAAUGAACGCCAUACUUUUACCCGUCGGCCGAAACCAAGCAGUGAGGACCAUUUGCAUUUCAUUAUUACGUAACCUGUAAAAUCACUUUUCCUCUCAAUGAAAGAAGUUGUAGUGUGUCGCCAUUUUAAUAAGCAGGUCCGUAAUUGAAACGAGUGGGGCAGUAAAUCACUUUUACUUGUUUGUGGCAUUUCAUGAGAUGUUUUAAAAGCUAUGGAAUUUUGAUAGAAAGUAUGGGACUCUUGUUUUAAAAUCCACGUGAUAGAAACACCAUUGGCAUAGAGUAAGCUCAGAAUUUUACGUGAUACUUGUAAGCUGUCAGAUUACUGUUACGGGGGAAAGAGCAGCAGAAAAGUUUUGCAUUCUUCUCCAAAGAUUCGCAGGCAUGGUAAGUCGAGUUCCCCCCACCACUUUGGAAAAGACGAUUGUGAACAAAUGUGCAACAGAGCCGUUGUUCACGUGAGAGCAUGCCCAUGCAUUCGAGUGUCUUGAGUAGGGGCGAAAUGGUUUAUUGCAGUGUUCAAGUUUUCAAUCCCCCCCCCCCAUUGUAUUGUGAUAACCAUUGUCUGUCGACGUUUGUGGGCUGUUCGAAGUGUUCGAACGAACCCUGCAAAUCUUGCCAGUGCCAACUAGAUCGUUGUAAGGUGACUAGGUUAUGUUUUCUUAAUUGAGACCAUUUCGUAUGUAAGAAUUCAUUUGCAUGUAUUGGAAAGAGUAGCUGGCUUAAACUAUUUUUGCGAAAGUUCUAGUUCGACGAAGUUAGUGUUAAGUGCGAUAUUGUUAGUGGCAUCAUGCUAUUGUUGUGAUUAGUCUUACUUUAGGAUAUGAAACCUUGUAGUAUUUAACCAAUACAUUUUUGAUAUUUCAUUUCUUAUAUGAAGGAUGCAGGAACAGGAAUCAUGUACAGUUUUAGAAUACGUAGUUUGGCAUAAGAUAGGAUCUGUAUUCUUCGAGAAGACAGGCGCCUUUAUUCUGCGGUGAAUCCUGCGUCUUACGCAUACACUCUGAACUUUUAUGGAGACGCUGAACAGUCGCUGUACUUAUCCUGAAACUUCAGGCUGUAGGCAUUUGUUUUCAGGUGCAAUUACAAAUGCAGGCCCCGCUUGACCUCCACACCCUCAUAUUUGGUGUCCCUCUAGCUGCACUAACGAAGGAAUUGACUCAAAUGUUGGUAUGCUUUGUUAUAGGCCUAUUACAUUCUAUUAUUUUUUUAUUUCCGCUGUUUGUGUACUGGCUACAUUCUGAAUUUCCUGUGGGAAUGUGUUCAAAUCUCUUGCUGUUUCUCCACCCCCCUCCCCAAAGUUUGAGAUCGAAUUGUGACAUUUUAGACCAUAUAAGUCGGACUGAAGCUUUCUAAGCGCACACUGUGAAUUAAAAUUGCCAUAUUUUGCGCCUCUUUUAUUUGAUGUAGUUGAAUGAAUAUUGGAAACCAGUUUCUGCGAAAUAACGUUUUCACUCUGGUUUUACUGUUGUGAUGUAUGAAAGCCCAAGUGCUCUCUGCUCGCGUCUCCUGAUGUUUCGGCAGGCCGUGCCUCACUAGUCAAACCUGUCCGCAUAGUGAACAGUGUCACGUACAAAUGGGGGUUAAGCAGUAUGUCAGAAAUGAGGAAAUGGCUUUUCAAGUAUGUUAGCUUUCAUAAAGAAAUAAAUUUGCUUUGAAGUCGGAUCACUUGUAAAAUAACUUGUAUGUGGUUGUUUUCUGAUUUGGCAGCCAAAUCAAAAUAAUCAUAGAUCUAGAUUUAAAAUUCUCCUUCCUUUGUCCCAUCGCCUCAAAUUGUGAUUAUUUUGUACCUUUUUUUGUUUUCGGUAGGCGAGACAAGAAUUUGCAUUGAAUUCUCAUGAAAACUGUGUGAACUAUGAACAUGUUUGUAUUUAAUUCCCGAAAGGUGGAAUAUUUCCACACAGGAAUUGAGUACCAAAAUUUUCUUACAUGAGAUAGAUGGUAGAGAAAGAAGCGAACUUUUCAGGACGCGUAGAAGUCGUGACAGGACAUGACGUUUUGGAGUCACGUUCUGCCUAUUGCGCAAGCGUGAACGUGUUACGUAAGAGUAGUUCAAGUUCAGCGAUGGACAGAGGAGAGAGAAUCCCAGUUGCUGCUGAUCUGUAUAUGCUUAAUUGAAACAGUCAGCUGUCUUACAUCUUUAACAACCAUUUUAGUAAAGAACUUGGAGUAUAUGUAGCAAUGAGAUGGAGCAAGGGACAGAGAUCUAGACAUAUCUGUGAAAUAUUAUAAUUCCUUCUGAAUGAAUCGGUGAUUGAACCAAUUUUGUGUAUGUAGUCGAUUAGACUCCACAUACCGGAAUUGGCAUCAUAACCUUUUAUGAAUAUUUUCGAAAAAAAAAGAGCAUAAUUUAUGUAUGCAAACUGUUUUGACACUAUGCUAGCGAAAGUUCAAAUUUUAAUCUAGCUUAACACUACUAAUGUAUUUAAUUAAACACCCUUAAAGCGAAUCCUUGCAGAAUAUUAGGAAAAUGUGUGUUUAACAUGUGUUACAUGUAUGUGGUUCUACAGCAUCAGGCCAAUGUAAAACACUAUCGUAGUGUGUCUUAAGGUAGACGGUGCCUCGGAAAAUAUAAAAUUUAUGUGUGUUGCAGACGGCCAGUUCCACGCAUUUUUAUAUUGCACAGUGCCAACCGGCGUAGCGUCCGGAUGUUGCAAGAACCGAAAGUUGACCUUGUGGGGAAGAAGGCAUGUAUCGUGCUCACAGUGAAACUGGCCGUCACAUAACUCGGGGGUUCCCAAAGUAGCCGUGUUUGACACGUGACCAUGCGGCUGUGUUGCACCCAACCCUCCCGUGUAACGGCAAGCAGUUGAAAACUGUGCCCAGUAAAUUAUGAAGAAAGUUUUUUUAUGUAUAUAUUUUCAAAACACUGACCCCAAUAACUCCGUUUUAAUCAUUACUGAGUAUUAUUAAAGAGUUUGUGAGUCCGCAUUUUUAUAUCCUAUUUAUCAUUUAAUUCCUUUGAUGAUAGUGUAACAUUUGACUUUUCAAAUUUUACAUCUUAGUUGGAAGCACGCCUAGAAAGGGGCAUUCAGAAAACGGCCAGUGAUGGUGCUUCGCAGUUUAUCGCCUGUUUUUGGCACUUUCAGAGUGUAGAUUUGAGGUAGUGACCGGCCUAUUUAGUCCUCGCCUGGAGGCUUGGAAUUUAUAUUUAUUUUGAUGUAAUUUGGGAACUCCUGAUGUUAAAAAAACAAUUCGUCUUAUGUGAUCCCACAAAUUUACUUAUACUUCCUCAAGCAGUGACUGUAUCUUGUUUUGUCUUACACGAAACUCUCAGGAUACCCUAUCAAAAGUUCUUGGAUUUCAACAGCCACCCAGUUUUCAAUUAUAUAUAUAUAUGUGUGUGUGUGUACAUUAAUACCGUAAUAAUAAUAAUAAUAAAAAAGAAAAUACAUUUAAUACAGAAUGUGAUGUCUAUUUUGAAUGGGCGUUUUGUGUUUAUUUUCAAUUAUUUUUGAUGAAAAGCCCAACCAACUCAAAGUGUUAUAAAGCCUCCAAAAAAUAGUAAAUAAAAAUAUGAAAACAUACUGUAA